AGAGAGAGACACAGAGACACAGACGGAGAGGAGAGAGAAAGAGAGCUCGAGUGAUGGCUUCGCACUCCCAGUCGCUGUUCACCAUCAAGCGAGAAAAUGAAGAAGAUCACCCGAGCCUCGGGAUGGGGCCGGGCUCGAAGGUCAAACACGAAGACGCCGAAGCUGCUGGCGCCGUCGUGAAGCAGGAGGACGAGGGGAGCCUGAGCCCCGAGAUCCUGAGGAUCGUGGUGAAAACGGAAGUGGAGGAUGACGCCGCAGAAGCAAUCGAGGGGCCGCGUGAGACGGAGGAUUCUCACGGAUGUCUCUUCGCCGCGGACCAAAACUUCAUCGAGGUGGAGUUGUCGGAGGAGGAUGUCGGUGAGCGAGCGGAACUCCUGUGCGAGGAGUGCGAGGCGGGCGGGCGACCUCCGGGGACGGGGACGGACGACGCCGGACGCGCGGCCGCCACGCCGGGAGCCUCCUGCGCCCGGUGCGGCAAGCCGCUGGGAGCCGCGGCGCCGCCGUGCGCGGCGGUCGCCGGCGACCGGCGGGGGCACGCGUGCGCCGACUGCGGGAAGGAGUUCGCGCGGCGCUCCCACCUGACGGAGCACGCGAGGACGCACACGGGCGAGAAGCCGUACGUGUGCGACGAGUGCGGCCGGGGCUUCGCGCAGCGCUCCUCCCUGGAGGCGCACGCGAGGACCCACACGGGCGAGUGGCCGCACGCGUGCGCCGAGUGCGGCCAGGGCUUCGCGCAGCGCUCGGAUCUGGAGAAGCACCGGAGGACGCACAGCGGCGAGAAGCCGUACGUGUGCAAGGAGUGCGGCAGGGGCUUCGGGCAGAGUUCCACGCUGACGGCGCACGUGAGGACGCACACGGGCGAGAAGCCGUACGCGUGCGAGGAGUGCGGCAAGGGGUUCUCGCAGAGCUCCUCGCUGGAGGCGCACACCAGGACCCACACGGGAGAGCGGCCGUACGCGUGCGACCAGUGCGGCAGGGCCUUCGCCCUCCGCGCCACCCUCAACGCGCACGCGACUACGCACACGGGCGAGUGGCCGCACGUGUGCGCCGAGUGCGGCCGGGGCUUCGCGCUGUCCUCCCACCUGGAGAGGCACGCGAGGACCCACACGGGCGAGAGGCCGCACGCUUGCGAGGAGUGCGGCAGGGCGUUCUCGCAGCGCUCCUCCCUGGAGGCGCACACCAGGACGCACACGGGCGAGCGGCCGUACGCGUGCGACCAGUGCGGCAAGGCCUUCGCCCUCCGCGCCACCCUCAACGCGCACGCGAGGACCCACACGGGCGAGAGGCCGCACGCGUGCAAGGAGUGCGGCAAGGCGUUCUCGCAGAGCUCCUCGCUGGAGGCGCACGCCAGGACCCACACGGGAGAGCGGCCGUACGCGUGCGACCAGUGCGGCAGGGCCUUCGCCCUCCGCGCCACCCUCAACGCGCACGCGAGGACCCACACGGGCGAGUGGCCGCACGCGUGCGCCGAGUGCGGCCGGGGCUUCGCGCAGCGCUCGGAUCUGGAGAAGCACCGGAGGACGCACAGCGGCGAGAAGCCGUACGUGUGCAAGGAGUGCGGCAAGGCGUUCUCGCAGAGUUCCACGCUGACGGCGCACGUGAGGACGCACACGGGCGAGAAGCCGCACGUGUGCAAGGAGUGCGGCGAGGGGUUUGCGCAGAGCGGUCAGCUGAAGAGGCACUCAAAGACGCACGCGCUCAAGUGAAACACUUGCGUGUCCCGAAUGGAUUUGUUUUUUUCAUGCCUCCCAUUUGAAAACCAGUGGGGAAUGGUUUUGUCGCUUACCGUAUAUACAGGGUGCUUAAAAAAAAUGUUUUAACACUUAUAUGGGACUAUUGUUUUGAAUGGAAAAAGAACGGAUAAUACACCAUUACAUGAUAACAAAUGUAAUGUUAAUAGCUUC